CAGGAGCGACCACGGUGCCACCUCGCAGCCAUAGUCUCAGGGUCCAUGAUGCGGGCAGAGGUCGACGGUUGAUUUAACUCGCCCACAGCUCCUCUCCCGACAACCGGCCUCGAGUCUCAGGUCAUAACCUGUCCUUUCGCCCCGCAGAGGGCCUUGACGCAUUCCAUCAUGACCUCCCUCAAGCAGUUCAUUCGCAAUGUGCGUGCCGCAAAGACGAUUGCCGACGAGAGGGCUGUUAUUCAAAAGGAGAGCGCGGCCAUUCGGGCGAGCUUCAGGGAAGAGAGCGCAGACCAUGGCGUGAGGCGCAACAAUGUGGCCAAGCUCCUCUACCUUUUUACCCUCGGCGAGCGAACACACUUUGGCCAGAUCGAGUGCUUGAAGCUCUUGGCCUCGCCUCGCUUCGCCGACAAGCGGCUAGGACAUCUGGCGACAAGCUUGCUGCUCGAUGAGAACCAAGAGGUCCUGACUUUGGUCACCAACUCUCUGAAAAAUGACCUGUCUCAUUCGAACCAAUACGUCGUCGGCCUCGCGCUCUGUACCCUAGGUAACAUCGCCUCGGUCGAAAUGUCGAGAGACCUGUUCAGCGAGAUCGAGAGCCUCAUAUCCACGGCGAAUCCCUACAUUCGACGGAAAGCCGCUCUCUGUGCCAUGCGGAUAUGCAGAAAGGUCCCGGACUUACAGGAGCACUUCAUCGAGAAGGCGGCGGCGCUGCUCUCGGACCGCAAUCACGGCGUGCUGCUUUGCGGUAUUACCCUGGUCACCAGCCUUUGCGAAGCCGACGAGGACGAGGGCGGGGAGUUGGGCGUCGUCGACAAGUUCAAGCAAUUCGUACCUGUGCUCGUGAGGACGCUGAAGGGCUUGGCCUCCUCGGGCUACGCGCCGGAGCAUGAUGUCACCGGGAUUACCGACCCCUUCUUGCAGGUCAAGAUUCUGCGUCUUCUCAGGGUGCUGGCCCGCGGGGAUGCCCAGGUUACGGAGCAGAUCAACGACAUCCUGGCGCAAGUUGCGACCAACACGGAUUCGUCCAAGAACGUCGGAAACUCGAUCCUCUACGAAGCUGUGCGGACCAUUCUAGACAUCGAGGCAGACGCGGGGCUUCGGGUUCUUGGUGUCAACAUCCUCGGCAAGUUCCUGACCAACAAAGACAACAACAUCCGCUACGUCGCCCUGAACACGCUUGUCAAGGUGGUGGCUAUUGACACCAAUGCCGUGCAACGGCACCGCAACACAAUACUGGAGUGCCUGAGGGACCCGGAUAUCAGCAUCAGGAGGAGGGCUCUGGAUCUCAGCUUCACGCUGAUCAACGAGAGCAACGUCAGGGUGCUGAUUCGCGAGCUGUUGGCGUUCCUGGAGGUGGCUGAUAACGAGUUCAAGCCGACCAUGACCAGCCAGAUCGGUAUUGCCGCUGACCGCUAUGCGCCCAACAAGCGGUGGCACUUUGACACGAUGCUCCGCGUGGUGACUCUAGCGGGCAACUACGUCAAGGAACCUAUCCUCUCAUCUUUCGUCCGCCUCAUUGCCACCACCCCCGAACUACAGACAUAUGCGGUGCAGAAGUUGUAUGCCAACCUCAAGAAGGACAUCACCCAAGAGAGCUUGACACAAGCCGGUGCCUGGUGCAUAGGCGAGUACGGUGAAGCUCUGCUGCGGGGUGGCCGGUAUGAGGAAGAAGAGCUAGUGCAGGAGGUCAAAGAGCACGAGAUUGUCGACCUGUUUUCGACAAUUCUCAACAGCAGCUAUGCCUCGCAAGUCACUACCGAGUACAUUAUCACGGCGCUAGUCAAGCUUACGACGCGACUAUCGGAUGCGGCCCAGAUCGAGAGGAUACGGCGCAUCCUGCAGAAUCACCAGACCAGUCUGGAUGUCGAGGUUCAGCAACGCGCCGUGGAGUUUGGCAACCUCUUUUCAUACGACCAGAUUCGCCGAGGCGUGUUGGAGAAGAUGCCUCCGCCGCAGAUCAAGGAGGAGUCCCGCGUGCUGGGCGAGGCGGCUAAGAAGACAAACAAGGCGGCGAACCGGAAGUCCAGGGUGAUCAAACCAAAGGAGGAGGAUCUCCUCUUCGACCUAAUGGGCGAGAGCAGCGGCCCCGCGCCGCCGCCGGUCAACGGCACCGGCAAUGCCGACUUGCUCGCAGACAUCCUCGGUGGAACCAGCUCACCGCCUCCCGCUACCACAUCGCCUCCCCCAGGUCAGUCAAACGUGGCGUCCAUCAUGGAUCUCUUUUCGCAAGGCCCCGCCUCCACGCCUUCCCCAGCGCAGAGUGCCGCCGCGCAUGCCCCUCCCAGCGCCGACCUCUUCUCGGCAACUGCAUCGCCGCCUCCCCAACCCGGCCCUGCUGCUGCGGUCGCCGCAGCCCCCGGAUAUCCCUGCUAUGACAGUAACGGCUUGGUCGUGACCAUCCAGACACAAAGAAACGCCGAGGGCAUGAUUCAGGCCACUGCCCGGUUCCGAAACUCGUCUGCCGCGGGGCAGCUGUCGAACGUUGGACUUCAGGCGGCCGUACCAAAGUCGCAGAAGCUGCAGCUGCUGAGCAUCUCAUCCUCAGAGCUUGCGGUCGGAGCCGAGGCGACGCAGUUGAUGAGGGUUGCGGGAUGCAAAGGACCUCUGCGUCUUCGUUUGAGGAUAGGGUAUUCCCACCCUACGGCAGGACAGGUCAUGGACGUUGUCAACUGGACGGAGCCGUCGUAAUGCCCUUGAGCGUGCUACGUGGGGGACGAUCGGAUAAGCUGGAUGGUAUGUUUUUGGAGCAUCGUGGGUCAAAACGCCGGCUUGUCUAGGUAUACCGCUUUAAAAAGUUUCAUGAUGCGGCGCCUCUGGUGAGCGCUGGGCUGAGCGGGGAGCCUUCAAACGUUGGUAUGAAUCCGUUUCAAGCUGAAUGAGCCGCAGCUUGUCACGGUCUAUGCUGUUCUGUUCCAUGGCAAUAAAUAAUGGACGACACGAGUAGAGUGCUUCUCUGUUCCUGUCUAAGAUAACAUUAGUGGUGAUUUUGUACCUGUGCUUGACACCUGACAGUUAGUUUUAACGUACAUUUCAGGAUAUGUGCGCAGUGCAUACAACGUACGGUACGUAUAACUAUACGUCCGUACUAUGUAUGUAGAUGAGUAGUAGAAGACGUGCAAGCAGAAGUGGGG